GCCGAGUUCCCAUUGGGCCGGACUCUUUUCCGCUCGGUCUGAUAACUUCACUUCGGGGUGUGUGAAUGCCUUGCACGAUGGUCACAGCCAUCGUUGACAACAGCCCAUCCCUGCGCGAGAUUGGCAUGGAAGAGCGAGCGGCGGGCCCGAGCGAUGCGUCGUCUGCAGCAGCACCGCGGGACCUUGCCUUCUUUGUCUCGUGUGCAAACUUGUCCUUGGACGUCCCUGACAGCGCGGGCAGCACGAUUGUGAACCUCACGCAACAAACGAUGCAGCGCGGGUAUGCGCUGGCAAAGACCAUGAUGCGAAAGGACACGACGUCAGGUUCUGCUCCAUGGGAUGGGUCGAGUUUUUGCCAGGUGACAGUCCACCGCGACCGUUUGUCCAACGGCAGCCCGUCCACCGUGACGUACCGAACCGAAACGAUUCAAAAGUCGUCGUCGUCGCCGGCGUUUGUCGUGGGCAUGACGCUACCUGCCGCGGACCUGUCUCCGUCUGACUCUGUGACGUUCGAAUUGAUGUCGACGCAGCUGGACCGCACCAAGCAGGCCAACGUGGUGUUAGCGACCACACCGUCCGUCGAGAUGCACCUGCUCUUGGAUGCUGCUGCUGCGCAAUCAAAGCCACUGAGUCUUCCAUUGUCCCUCCAGAAACAAGGUCCGUCUAGCGACGAAGCUAGCGCUAGCAACGUCGAAAUCGACGGUGACACCACGACAACUUCGUCGGACGAUACCACGACGUCGAUCGAGCUCGUGUGGCCGCGCGCCGUGCCACCAGCCACAAUGGCGCCAUUUCUCCCGACCCACCGCACAUUGUACCGAUGGCCUCUGGACCAACUCUCCCAGACACUCCAGGAAACGAUUGCGGAAACGACGUUGUGUGCAGUCCUUCCCCAGCAGAUCCUCGCACAAUCGAGUGCAGACUUGUCCGAACAAAUCGGUGCUUGGCAACGUGUGCGAGACCGCGCCGCCCUUGCUGAAUGCUUGUUUGAUGACGUGGCAUCGGGGCUUGCGAUGGGCUGCGACGCGGUGCAAGUGGCCGUGCACCGUGCUCGUGGGCUCAGCUUGUCCGGCGCUCCCCUGCCACUCAUGUCGGCCGACUCGGUCACGACGAACAUUCGGUCGAGCAUGUUUGCCCUCGCCAAGUCGGUCAAGUCGUCCGCGCUGUCCAAACUUCGCGCGACGGGAGCAACUGCUUCGUCCAGCGAGAAUAGCAUCCACGCGUACUGCGAGCUCCGGUGGCGGGACCCGAACACGAUGGACGGCGUGUGGACGAUCGGCCGCACCAACACGAUCCUCAACAACCCGGAGCCGCGGUGGCGGCCCGAGACGCCCGCCGUCAAGCUGCGAAGCCGCAUUGCCGCCGACACCUUUUUCGAGUUUCAUCGUCCGCCGAACGCAGCCAUGGACGGAUUUCUCGAAUGUCACGUUUUGGUCGAUCCUGCCAAAGGCACGAGCGCCAAGUCGAGUCGAAAGUCGCACAUCUCGGUUGGGUACGCGCGACUCCCGCUCGUCCAAGUCCCCGUGGAUGCCUCGGGCACGUUUAUCUUUCAAGAAUGGGUACGACUCCAUCAACGAGAUGAUCCCGACAGUCUCUGCCGCUGCGACGACGAUGGCCAGUGCGUCGGCGAAGUCGAAGUUCAAUUCAAACUUGUCCGUGGCGCUGACGGCGCGUACCGGCAACACACGGACAACGUGCCCUUGCCGUCCUUGGUGGCGGCCGCGAAGUCGUCAUGGCUGCAGCCGUCAACGCCACUAGCGCUCUUGCCAACACUGCCGUCGACGACGUUUGUCGAUAAGCAACUUGCGACCCUACACGACCACAAGUCGACGUUGGAGAAGCUCAUGGCGGUGUCAACGCAAUGGAUGGACAACAAGAAAUGCUUCAAAUCAAGCCACGACAAGAAGACGUGGAGCGUGCAGCACAUCCCGACCAACCUGCACGUGAGCUGGCUUCACAUGUUGUCGACGGCCGAUGACCCGCCUCGAGCUCUGCCGACAGUGUCGUGCGGCAUCCCGGCGGCGCACGCACUGGGCCUCGACACGGAUUUGGUGCGCCUUGACGACGCGAUUACGGAUGCCAGCAAAGACUGCAUCGCCCUUCAAACACCGAUGUCAAGUGUCGCCAGGGAAAAGUUUGGCCUGGCUGGCCUCUCCAACGACUGCGACGUCUUUGAACCAGUGGUGGAACUGCUCUCUGGAGCCGCCGCACCUGCCUCGUUUUUGUCGUCGCCAUCGCUACCCCCUGCACCCCAGCCAACACCUUCGGAAACCACCCCCCGGGCGAUGGCGUCGCGCCUCAACUCGCUGUACUCGUCCGCCAAGCGAAACUUACCCCCCGUCCCGUCGGCCUUUAAAUCGUCGACAAAUGGGGACAAGCCGUCGCUGGUUGCCCAGUGGGCCCGAGUUUUGGAGCUCCAGGGAACGUAUCACCUGCGCAAGACCAUGGUCGUGGCGCAAGCAUUGACUGCCCUCACGGCGGCAUUCCAGGCCGCCGUCGUGAUGGCGAUGCAAGAAGGGCCUCUCGUGUGGGCCGACCGGUUGGCGUUGUGGCAACGAGUCGGGUUUUUGUGUGGCUGGGAGAGUUUGGUAGGUGCCCGCGCCUUGUGGUUCGUGUUUGAACCCGAGGCACUAUCUGAUCGGUGUGUUUCGUAGGUGAGCUCGCAGGGGAAGGAGUUGCACAUGCUGCACGAUGCCCACGCUGGCCUCCUUGGCUGCAAGCACUUUCUCUUUCAGCUCGUGCCGAUGGUGUCUCCCACGAAGCGGCAGGUCGACGUAGUGCUGGACGGCAACAUCGUCGAAGUGCCGGUAGAUGGCCUAGCCGCGGGCGGCGAUCCGUCGCCGAUCCCGAUCGUGUCUGUGUUGUUCACGCAAGGCAUCAACGAAAUGCAGAGCUUGGCCAACAUGUCGUCGCAUCUUGGAAGUAAAUCUCGCGCGUCUGGGCGAUAUUUGUGCUCAUGUCGUGUGUAGGCGGCGCGUCGGCGCAGUCACAAAUCAACACGACCAACUUGAUUGCGCUCCAUCAGUACUACCACGAAGCAGCCAAGACCAGCCACGAAUUCCAUGUCCAGCGCGACUUUGACCAGCUACGCGACGCUGUGAUCAACGAAAACGGCGCGAGCAAGAACACUGACAUCCUGCACUUGGCGGCGCAGGUCGUUCGAAAACUCUGCGGCGCGCGCAUCACGUGCUGCAAGAGCGGCAAAGACCGGACGGCCAUGAGUGUCACGUGGGAACAGGCCAAGUGGGUGUUGUCGCCGCCAUCGACCGUUGUUUUCAAGUCGGACGCAACCGAAGACGACGAGAGCGCGCUUCGACUGGCGAAUCUCAUGCGCGAGUACGGCGUGCGCCUGGACGUAGCCAAGAAAAACGUCGGCCGCAAACGGUACUCGUUCAACGCGUUGCAGCGAAAGCUCUUGCCUCCAAUCUACCGCCCCCCACUCUCGACCAUCCAAGACAUCGUGACGUCCGUCUCCCUCCGAGACUCGUAGUGUCGGGCGGCGGCGUAGGAUAGCUGGCUUGAAUGUCGUUGGUCAUAAAGGCUCGGCAUUGCCGUGGUGAUGGUCGUCGUUAAUCGUUGCAGCGACG